AUGAAAGUUAUCAUUCCGAAACCACAUCCACCCAAAAUGCGCUUCACCUACCAGGCUCUUGCUGUCUUCAUCAGCUCCCUCCUCGUCAACAGCGCUGCGGCCCACGCCUGCGAGAGCAGCGCUGUCUGGCCCGAUCCCGCCGACUGCCACCAUUUCUACCAGUGCAACCCGGGCACUGAGCCCGCCCACAAGGUGUGCGGUGCUGGCACUGCCUUCAACCCCAAGAUUAGCGCAUGCGACUACGAGCAGAACGUUCCUUCUUGCUUCAAGGACCCCCACCACCCUCGCCCUUUCCACGCCUAG